UGGGGUUUGGGCUACUCAGUCAUUGUAUGUGUGUGUCUAUGUUUAUAUAAUGUAUGACCAUACGUCAACUGACCGAUGAUCUAAUCAGAUCCUCAACGCAUGACCUCCAACCAAAGUUGUGGAUAUUCCAAUACAGAAUGACAUCAAUAUUACUCCCUCUGUGCAGGGGGAAUAACAAGGACAGUGGCUUACAUCAGCUGAUGGGGAAAUGUCAGAUUUUCACUUCUCCAUCACACUUGUCUUCAUGAUGGCAUGAUGAGAUUCACUAAAUGUGUAUUGUAUCACGACCUGGUUGACUCCCAAGGAUAUAUUCAAUACCUAUUAAUGUCAGUUGUUUGACUGUACAUGGAUUUGGCAACUAUUGUCUAUUCUUAGUUUAGGAGUUUAGAAGACAGUUCACUGCUUAAGCCUUUGAUUAUAAUCCAUUAUCUCCUCACAUUCAGUAUGUGCAUUCAGGUGCUUGUGCACAAUGCAGUCUCUACAGAUGGGAGGCAAAGUAACCCUGGUCAUGGUCUUGUUGCAAAGUUUAUUUACCAGCUGUCUUUUUGCAUUUGUGUCAUCUAUUUGAGCAUUUUUCUGUUAAAGAGGUUUGGCCAGUGAGAGUCCCAGAUUACGAAACCUCAUGACUCACUUCCACUGUCAUUGUAUAAAAAGAGAGAUUGUUUCUCCCCAUGACAUGACAUUCACACACUCGAGCACAGCGUUCUUGCAAGGAGUUCCUGCAUCUGUAGUUAAAUAUUAAACAAUCUGUUGAAAUUCUGAGCAAGCACGUUGUGGAUUCUUGACCUAGUGACUAACCUAGAGAUUAACUAUAAGACCAGAAUGGGCAGUAAAAUACUCAGCGGCUGUUUGACCGUGCUUGUGGCCUGCUUGGUCAUCACAGAUGAGGAGGGUGUAUGCGAAACUCACCCUUUAUAAACUCUACAUCAGGUAUGAGCCUGCAAGGGGCAGGAGUGGAGCCUCGUUGCCACUGCAUCGGCACAGAGAGCCGGCGCAUUGGGAAACUGAUUGCGAGGGUGAAGAUGUUUUCCCCAAGCCCUCACUGCAAAGACACUGAAGUCAUUGCCACCUUAAAGGAUAGUGGGAAAGAGAUCUGCUUGGACCCCAGUGCUCCCUGGGUAAAAAAGGUCAUUAACAACAUCUUGUCGAGAAACCAGAGAUGAAAUCUGUUCCUACAUGAAGACAACUAAACGUCCUGCUACAACACUGUCCAGUUCUAAGUGUGUGAUGGCUGUACUCAGGAUAAACUGAAAUGGUUUGUUAAAACCCAGGUGCAGUUUACAAGACCCAAUGCUUGGAAUAUUUCUGUACUUACUGUAAAUGCACUCAGAGUGAAUGUUGAACAUGUACGGUUCAUGAAAGGCUUAGCAAAACAUGGAUGUAUUGCACCCUCUGUUGGUGAAGUAAAAGAAGUGAAAAGUGUCCACCUGGGUCAAUGAACACUGAGUACCAAGACAGAAAAGCAUGAAAACAUUCUGUAAUCUUAAGUGCUUCUUCACAUGUCUGAGUCUCUUCACUGUCUCCUUUAACAUCAACCAUAGCUAUGUAACACAAGUCAAUAUAACACCACAGUACUAAUUGGUCAGUAGGGUAAUAUAAUGUUACAAUUGACACCAUAUUAUUUGCUGUAUCUGAACUUGCAUGCUGUCAUCUGAAACCUGAAAAUAAAUUCAGAUUGUGGCUAUUUUGAUGUUGACUUUACCCAGUCUACACUGGGCGUAUCUAAAAAAUGUGCCCUCUCUUGGUUGAUAAGAGGAAAGGCUGCAGGUCAGGAGAUUUUUAUCAUAUAACAUCACUUGUCAGAAUAAUCUAUCUAAAUCUAAAAUAAAUUAUAAUUUUUCAGAAUAGGUGGUUGUGUUAUUUCUAUGUAGCUUUUGUGUAGCCUAAUGCACAUUAUGUACAACCCCAAUUCCAAAAAGUUGGGACGCUGAGCAAAAUGUAAAUAAAAGGCCGAAUGUGA